CAUGGAAAGCGAUGUUUAUUCUUGGAGUAAUUAUACCGAGAAUGAAAAUACAAUAUUCCAAGCAACAUGAGGUGGCUUUCAAAAUGUUGUUGCUGUAUUUCUCUACGAACUGGUAGCCUUGUAGCUUGUGCAUGGACUCUGGUAAGGUCUGCUAUAUUUAUUUAACAUAUGUGAUACUUAAUUCUAUGGUAAAUUUAACUAUUGAUCAUAGAUGAACAAUUUCCUGCAGUCACGUUUCUCUAUAUGGUGGUAAAUUUCUCACAAGACUGAUUCACGAUUCUUUACAGAAGUCAACAGACCUGACACUCACAUUUCUCUUUAUUUCAUAUCAGUAAUAUCAACAAUUAAUAAGGUGAAUUCAUAGAAUAAUAAUAGUAAGUCUUUCCUUUCGCGGCAUAACCUAUGGGGCUCGUCGCUGCCCCCGAGGCUCGUUAACUUCAAUAUAUCCCUGAAGCCCCUAGGUAUUAUCACGACAUGGUAGUAUUUCGAAAACUGACGAAAAAAUAAGCUAAGAACAAACUUCGACGUUUCGAGCGAAGUCCCUCCGUCAAGAAGUUAGAAUGCACUUGCGUGAACUUGCUUGAAUAGUUACGUCAAAACAUUGUUGUUUGUUUGUAACUAAUGCUACCCAACGAAGGACCUUGCAUUGGCACCUUAAUUAAAUUUCUGGGUGUUGCUAACUCCAUUCCAGCUAUUGUAAACACUGAUUUGGUGUAAAUGUUCACACUAUUUUGGUGUUAUAUAAGGAAACACCAACUUACGAUGAUUAUGAAUUGAUUAGACAGUAAUAAAUAAUAAUACUAAUACUUGUAAUAGUACACUUGCAAUAAAAUAAUCAGUCUAGAUAAUCAAGAAUCAGUACUAUACAUUAUAACGACUUGUAUAAGAUAUGCAUGCACGAGAAUUAAUAAGCCUGGUUUCCAUAUGGUUGUAACUGUCGUAAAAAUAGAGUCACGAUCUUUCGCAACGGCCCGUUGAUAAUAGUUUAUACCUGUAAGCAACAUAUAAAUCAAUAUGAAUAAGUAUUCUCCAGUUAUAGGCACUCCACGUAUUUUCAGUUCUAAAACUGUAUUUCGGCUGAUGAGAAAGAUCGUGACUAACUCAAUUUUUAUUCUUUACGACCGUUACGCAUUGUAUUUUCGCUACUAUUCAAUCAAGUCUGAACAGUGAUUAUUAAAUUGAGCAUUGUUAAGGUCAUGCAUGGACAGUUACGCCAAAACAUUUGAUGAAAAUACAAUUAUAUCCAUGACCAUGCUGACAAAGAACUAUAUUGUACAAUCCUAUUAAUAAUACAUCACAAUAUAAAUAAUAAAAUAAUUUGUCACGUUGCACAGUAGUGACAGUAGUAAUUCGAUCUAGUUUGGAAAGCUAAUUUUUACUAAGUGCGUUGUCGGAUUGCUGAAUAUCGCUGACUGGAUAAUUUACUUGAGUGCUUGUCGGAUUAAAAACAAUUAUGAAUAUAUAAUCAUGAGCCUAAUUAAAUGCGAAACAGAUCCAGACUCGGAUUACAAAGUUGGAAAUCUUCCUCGUGUUAGUUGUGACAACAAAAAAGAAAACAUGGCAUUGAUCUGCGUGUGAUUACAAUUUCAGAUAGGCAUGCAAUUACUGAUAAUACCAUAUUUAAUAAAUGAGCUGAAGAUUUAAAUCACCAUUGAGCGUACUUAUAAUUACGGUUCUAACUUCCAAUCUACCGCCUUUUAUCGAUCUUGACUCUCUACCUAUACACUCCUAUACACAUUUAUCAGUUGCCAAAAUCUGAUAUACGCACAAUUCUUUGGAGCGAAUAUUGCCCCUUAUAAGUAAAAUGAUAAGGAUCACUUUUCCAGUCGUGAACAUCGAUAGAGAACUACUUAAUAUGUAAAUUAUUGUUCACGGAGCAUGCUUGCAACAGAUUUACCAUUCCUAAAAACUAAAUAUGUCAAAAUGGUGUUAUCGACAGCUUAAAUAGACUAGUGACCGACAGGGUGUAAACUAUAUAAUGCAUGUACUGGUGCAAUGUUACACUUGUAAUAACAUGCAUGAAAAGAUUACUCAAUUCUGAUUGGCUAAGACCAGUGCAAUUUCAUCGAAAUACUGUACAUGUGCGAAAGAAACUAAUUCAAUGCCAAAAAAGAAAGUUGGUACCAAAUGCGUGGCCAGCGCUUUAACAAAGAACAUACGCGCGUGUGUUUCAUGCCGAUGCAAGUGACUGAAUUUGCUUCUGCAUAACAUAAACUCGUAAGUUUUUCAAAGAUUUCAAAUUGGACUCGUCCUUCAGACUCGUGCAAUUUUGAUCGUCUUUGAAAAUCAUACCGACGUGCAUCUUUUCCAACCUCUCGUCACCAUACUAUUAUCACCUACACUGAUAAACCGUUCUUUUAUUAUUAUUAUUAACCAUCACUGGCAAUAGAUUUCAUAUUAUAAAUAAAUUAAUAUUUUUAGUUCACAGCCGUCCUAAUGAUUUCGUUGCAAGUCAUUAAUAUUAUGUCGAUGGAAAGUCUUACAAGUUAUCAGAUCAAACAGGGAGAAAUCAAAGUUAAAAGUAAGUGCAGGUGAAUUUAUUAAUUUAAACAUACAUGCCGUUCUUCUUCUCUAAAAUCCGAAAAUCUAACUAAUUACAUGCAAACUAGAAAACUAGAAGGGAGCAGUGCCGUCGGGCAUGGCGGCAUGCCCCCUCCCCCCCCCUCCCCGAAGAUUUUGUGUUCUCGAAGCCUCAGAAGAGUGGUUUCCAUAUUUCCUGAGAGGAAUUUUGAUCAAUGUUGAAGCUUUUGCAUUAACGAAUUUAAGAUUUUAUAAUGCAGUUUAUACGGCCAUUUUACAACUUCAAAGUAUCCCAGUUUUGAAACAACGUGCACUCUGUAUACAAUUAGAAGCGUGAAUGAAUUCAAAAAAAGUUAAAAAAAGUGAGAUUUUCAAAAAAGUUUAAAAAAGUUAGAUUAGGGUUAGGGGUUAGGAUAAGGGGUUAGGGUUGGGGUUACGGUUAGGGGUUAGUGUUAGGGGCCGCAAAUUUAACAUAUUGAUAAAUUCGGACGUGUUUAACAUAUUAACUCAUAUAGUAAAUUGAAAGGUGGAGCUCAUGCUGAUAUAUACACAAUGUGUUUAUUGUAACUGCCUGUGCAAGAAAGAAAUCAUGCAAGUAUUCAAGUUUGCAGUUGAAGUACAAUCCUGGAUGAGGAAAUUGUUGGGGGCGGGCCUGCCCCCCCCUCGACGUUCCUGAAGGGAGUGAGGAACCAUGAGAGAGUAUUUCUGAAUGCACAGCACUAAAUAGCUAUAAAUAUAUAGCAUAAACUCUCCUUGAUUUAAUAUCAUUAUUUCAAGGUUUUUCUUGCAUGUACAGUUAUUUCAGUCUUAUUUCCUAUCAUGUACUGCAUAUUUACAAAUACCUAUAGUUCUUAACUGCCCUAGCGAUUCCCAAUAUUAAGUCGUUCUACAACAAAUAAAUAAACUCUUUUUCCAAACACAACAGAGAUGGAAAUUUUAUAAUUUAAAAAAUAUUUUUUAGGUAGAACGAUUUUGGCGUCGUUGGAAAUUGUUUUUGGCAUUGUACUAGCUGCUGCUUCCUUGCUUCUGUCAAUUGCAAUUGUGAAGGUGAUAGUUUUAAUUUCAGUACAGGCGAAUACAUACACUGAGAUUAUUUCGGCAAAUUGUCCGUUCGGCAAAAUGUCUUUUCGGCGAAAAAUAGAUUCGGCAAAAUGUUCGUUCGACAAAAUGUCCGUCGACAAAAUGUCCGUCGGCAAAAUCUCCGUUCGGCAAAAUGUCUUUCGCCAAAAUAUUUCUCGGGUCAAAAUUUCCUGGUUACUGUAACCUACAACAGAUUAUUGCGUUAAUCCUGGUUAAAUUUCCUGGUUACUUUUUCUUAUAUCUUACAUGAUAGCGUGGUUAUAUUUGAUGUAUGUGGUUAUAUUUGAAUGCAUAAUUAUGAGGAAUCUGGUUAUAUUUGACCAGGACGUCUUUGUUAAAAUAACCAGACUAUGAUGGCCUCAAGGAGUUGAAUCCAAAAGUGCUGUUCUGUCACAAAAACAACUUUUGGAGUUCAAUUCUUUGAAAUUUACAGUGUGGUAAUUAGUGGUUAAAUUAGGUGUAUGGUUAAACUUUUUCCCUACUAUACUUGAAUUAGUUUGGCCAGAACUUCUUGGUUAAAUUAACCAAGCUAUUUUAGGUGGAUACUUAUAUAGCCAGGGGCACCCACAUGGUUUCUUUGUCCACCUAGCAUAGUCCAGUUAAUUUAACCAGGACGCCCUGGUCAAAUAUAAGGGCUCAAAAGUGAAAAUAAUGGGAGAUAGGUCUCCGGUAAAAAUGACCAGUCAACUUGAUUUUAGCUCGGUCAAAAUCUGUUUUUGACCGGUCAUUGAUACGCUCACACAAACAGUAAAACAAACUAUUAGAAACUUGUUUCGAUACAUCAUAGUUUCAUGUUCUAAUUCAAGAUGUCAGCAAUCACAUUGGAAGGCAUGAAAAUUAGCCGGUCAAAAUGACCGGUGAGGUAAAAAAGUGACCGGUCAAGAGGCAAGGAUCGUUAUUUUGAGCCCUGAAAUAUAACCAGAAUCCUGGUUUCAUUAUUAACUAUAGACUAUUGUAAGAAGUGAGAUAAAAUAACCGCGAAAUUUAACUAGGAAUAUUAAGUUAUCCCAAAUCAGUAUCAUUUCUAGGUUAACCAGGAGAAUCUAACCAGAACGGUAGAGUGUAAUUUAUGCAUGGUUAGUUUCCAAGACCUUCCAACUGCAUUACAAAGUAAACAAAUGUUUCUGUGUUUAUAGGAACGUCGUAAGUUGCUGUUUCCCUAUGUUGUUGGUGUUUUACUUUACGAAAUAUUCGACUUUUCCUCUUUGAUGUUUUACUUUGGAAAAGGAGUUGAGGUAUAAAAUAACCGGCAAUUUUUAAGACCAAAUUUAUAUUUCAGUAUAUAUGAGUUCAAGUUUCGGUUAAUUGUUAGAGCUCGCCCUAUGACUGGAUCCGAUGGAAAGUGAGAUUUAACUUAACAAAAGAGUACGUGUCGAAGUAAAUUCGAAUGUUUUUAAAUUACCAGCUUCUUACCGAAGCUAUUGACAAAUGUCUUCCCUCUAGAACAUCGCGAGUACAUAGCUCAGAUAAACUAUGGAUAACCAGCAAGAAGUCCUGGAUUAAGAGUCCUGGAUUAAGAGAAAACAAAAGUGCCUAGCUCAACAUGGCAAGCAUUCUCCAUCAUUCAAACUGUGGAGAAACAAAGUUCAAUAUGCAAUUAAACAUACUAAGAAAUUAUUCUAUGAUACUAAAGUCAAAAAUCUAAAUUAAAGGAUACUAAUGCAAGUAAGUGGUGGAAAGAAGUAAAAAAUCUCUCUGGUUUGACCGAUAGAAAGGAACAGUGGUUUAAACAUCUUAUUGACGGAGGCACUGUAGACACCACUGAAAAAUUGUGCGAGAGAAUUAAUGAGUUCUUCCUUAGUCUCACUUCUGACUUUGUACCACUAUCAGUGGAGGACAUAUCUAAUAUACAGGGUGUCUAAAAAACGCUAUGGAAAUUCAACAAGCUGUCGUGCAUCAUAAACGUGGCUAAACAAUUUAAUUAUAACCAACUUAUAUAUCAUUUCUCCAGUCAACUUCACCAUCUACAAUUUGGUUUUCUCAAAGGCAAGUCUACCACCUCUCAGCUUCUUCUUCUUCUAUAAACAAGUCGUUAGAAAACCGAAGCCAAGUCGACUCGGUUUACCUGGACUUCGCAAAAGCAUUUGAUAAGGUCAGCCAUAACCUUCUGUUAGUUAAACUCCAGAGGUUUGGAAUAUGAGGUGAUCUUCUGCUAUGGUUCAAAAACUACCUCUCAGGACGCUACCAAAGAGUAACAGUUCUCGGUGAGUCGUUCCAUACUCUCCCUGUUCUAUCUGGAGUUCCCCAAGGUUCAAUUUUAGGACCCCUACUGUUUCUGGUAUUUGUUAACGAUCUUCCUGAUUCAAUUUCAACCCAAUCGUCUGUGGCUAUGUUCGCUGACGACACGAAGUGUUACCGUCCCGUGAACAAGUUAGCUGUCUGCGAAAGUCCGCAAAAUGAUCUAAAUAAACUUGUAACAUGGUGCAACGAUUGGAGGGUGGACUGGAAUCAAUCCAAGUGCGGGGUUCUUAGCAUUACUAGAAAUCGUCAACCAAUUAUCGCAGAAUAUCAUCUUAUUGAUACUUCGCUUAAGUCAUUAAUUACCCAGAAAGAUCUCGGGAUCACUAUUUCCAACGACCUGAAAUGGAACAAGCAAGUUCAUAGCACGGUAUUAAAGGCAAACAUGAUGCUUGGCUUCAUCCGACGAUCAGCCUCUGACAUCAACAAUAACCAAGUCCGCAAGAUUCUUUACCUGUCUUUGUGUCUUUGGUUAGAAGCAAAUUGGGGUAUGCCAGUCAAGUGUGGGCACCCCAAACAGUAACUAACAUCGCUACAAUGGAACGCGUCCAACGUCGUGCCACCAAAUUCAUCCUUUCCCUCCCUUAUAGAUCAGACGUUUUGUACAAAGACCGUCUCCAGUCUAUCGGUAUUCUUACCAUCUGCUAUUGGCUCGAGUUUCUAGAUUUAGUUUAUCUCUACAACUGUGUUGUUAAAGACUCUGAUACAAACAUCUCAAUACGGGUUUCGAAUCGUAGAACCAGAAACUCUAAUUCCGACAAUGGUAUUCUACUAAAUGUACCUAAAUCCAAGACUGUUAGCUUUCAAAACAGUUUUUACGUAAGAGCACCCAGCGUUUGGAACAUUCUACCCGAUAUCCUCAGAGACACUGCAAGAUCUACAGCUUCCUUUAAAAGUUACUACUUAGAUACUACUUUAACCUUCUCGAACACGUCUACAACCCAGACAAUCCUAGAACCUUUAAAUCGGUGUGCGUCAAAUGCCACUCUACUCGUUCUAUUCAUAAUUUAUCUUUCAGAUCAUGUUGUUGACAGUUUGGCGAAAGCCAAUUAAUGUUUUUGUGCAUGUAUAGUAAUUUGUCUUUUUUGUCGGGACCCCGUUAUUGGAGUUUAUCUCUGUGGUCAGUCCCAGCCAAUGCACUCGUAGAUAUUUGAAUAAGUUUAAUAUUUGUUUGUUGCGGCGAGUCUUGUAAAAUAAAAUAAAAAAAUAAAAUAAAAUAAUUUUUACAUAGGACGAAAGAACAGUUAUUUAGCUUUUCAAUGAUACUAUUUCUAAAUCGUAACGAUGAGAAAUGGCCACAUACUCGUCAAAUAAAAAUUGCCGAUCGAAAUAACAUGUUUAUGAGUUUUUAUGUUUCGUUUUUCAUGCAAUUCCCAACGGUGGAAGAAUGUGAUUUCGACCGGCAAUUUUUAUUUUACGAGUAUGUGGCCAUUUCUCAUCGUUACGAUUUAAAAAUAGUAUCAUUGAAGAGCUAAAUAACAGCUCUUUCGUCCUAUGUAAAAAUUGAAUUGUUUAGCUAAGUUUAUGAUGCACGACAGCCUGUUGAAUUUUCACAGCGUUUUUUUUUGAGACACCCUGUACUUGUGGAAAACGCUGAAAUCUCAGAGGAAUUUUUUGUGACAACAAUGGAAGCCUAUAACUCUUUGCGCAGCUUGAAGUCAGAAAAGCUCCUGGGCCAGAUGGGAUACCUAAUAUUGUAUUAAACCAAUUUGCCUUCGACCCAAUCUCCGCCAAAAGUCUGCCUAACUCCACACCAAUAUCAUUAACAUGUCAGAUUGCAAACGUAAUGGAAGGUUUUACCUUAACAAGAAUUCUCCCCACCAUAAUACUACAACUGGACAAUAAACAAUUUGCCGUAGCUGGUAAAUCUACAGAACAAGCAAUAGUGUACAUCCGUCAUUUAGCCCUAGAGGCCCUAGAUAAGGGUAACUGUUCAUUGAGAGUAUUCUUCUCAGAUUUUUGCAAAGGAUUUGACUUCAUAGAUCACAAGAUUUUGUUGAUAAAAUUAUCUAAACUCAACAUCCACAAUAGCAUGUUAAGGUGGAUUGGUGCAUUUCUCCUGGAAAGGUCUCAGUGUGUACGCACUGGUAAUUCUAGAUCUAUCGCACAAAAUAUCAAUGACCGAUAUAGUCAAUGAUCUCAUAUCUACAUGGGGCCCAAGAAUUAAAUAUGUUGAUGAUCGAACUGCUAUGGAAAUAGUUUCAAGAAACUCCCCUUCACUGAUGAAAUUUACUGUAUCUGAAAUGCAAUGAUUUGCUUGGCAAAAUAAAAUGAGAUUAAAUCCAGAGAAAUGUAAAGAUAUCACUAAUGACUUCCUUCAAUACAACGCCACUGAAUGUAUGGCAACCUAUUGUUACUGAUGGUAUCCAGAUUGAAGUUGUAACAGUGUUCAAGCUAUACUUAGAGUUUACUUGUCUAGUGAUCUAACAUGGUCCUUGCAUUGUGACUAUAUAAUAAAGAAAGGAAAAAGGAAAUUGAAGAAGAUGCGAGUUUGCAGUGCGGAUAUUGUGACAGAGUAUGCUUCAGAGUGGUUUUUGCAAAUCUCCCUCAAGCGUUAAGCAACGAUCUGGAAAGGGUUCAGAAGCGAGCGUUGGCAAUAAUUUAUCCGUCCAUUCAUAUACAGAAGCCUUAUCCUUGGCGGGUAUUCAGAUUCUUAGUUCUCGUAGAGAUGCAGCCUGUUAGAAAUUUGUGGCAAACCGCUGUAUCCGCUCUUAUUCACAAGCAGCUCCCUCGUCGGAUCACACUUAUUCCUUAAGAUCUGAAAGAAUAGUCAGACCAACAAUCAAUCGAACAGACCGAUUUCAUAACUUCGUAACUGUUAAAUUUAGGGAAAAUGCACAAUUAAAUAGUUAAUCAUUUUAUUUUUAUAUGUAAAAUAUCCACAUUUAUAAAUUCUUAAGUUUUACUAUGACACAACCUAUAAUUCAGUUCUCAAUACUGCAAGAGGUUUUAAUAAACUAAUAAUAAUAAUAACUAGAGGGAACUCGGAAAAUAUACAAUUCCAGCAGGAAAAUAAACUCAAGUACAGGGCCGUAGCAACCGGGGGGGGAGGGGGUAACAUAGUUGUGAAUAAUAAAUUUUAGGCAAAUGUACCUGAUUUAAAAUUUGUACUCUAUAUGAUGUUGAAUAUAGAUCGAUUCCUCCGUAUGGAUUCCCGAUGCAGUGAUUCUGUGUAUAAACGUGAGUGAAACAUUAGAAAUUAAACACUUCCUUAUUAUUUAUGGUGAAAGUUAUUUUCCCAAAUUAGAAUGACAAGCAGACUAUUUUUUCCACUGACAAAAUAUAUUUGACAAAUAUUGCCACGUUUUAAAAAUUAUUUUGAAAAAAUUAGACUUGUGAUCAAUGAUAGAGUAUUCAGUCGAUAACUUUAGAUUUAUUUUAUUUUAUUAUCUGAUUUAGAUGUAUUGCGUUCUCGCAGUUCUAUCUCUGUAUAAAGAAAUGACGAAGAAAGAAAGAUGGACACUCAUACAUCAAAUGGACUCCAUUGAGUCCUGACCAGUGCAUGGUAAAAACUGAGUAAUUUCGUUAAGAAGGCUCGCAGAAGGUUCAUGCGCCUCACUUUAGGAAUACCUAGUUUUAUUAUAAGUAGUAAUGACUAAUGGCAUUUCAAAUUUGCUGUCAGUGCUUCAGAAUUACUAUACUAAUUUCAUUUACAGUAGACAUGAAUAGACAUGCAUAGUCGUGUUUUCAGCAAUAUAACUGCAAAUCUGUCAUCAUGCAGGCAUGCAUAUAUAAUCAUUCUAAACAGAUUUGCUGUAAGAAAUGGCUCGGGAAAUGCAAUUUGAGGGUUGUACAGUAAUUCGUUGUUUCUGGAGGAAUGCCCCAUCCCCCGGCCUCCAAAGUGGGUUGACAGCUUUUUCGCAGAUUUAUUUCAUACUAUGCAAUCGCUCUGCAUUCUCGGCCUAGUAUAGCCGUAUAGGUAAUAGGCAAGGGUGGGUAGUAGCGAAGUAGCUAAAAGUAGCCAAAUAGUUGACUACUUUUCAAACGGCGGAUCGCUAUUCGCUACUUUUUAAAAUUGUUAGCAACCGUUCAUAGAAUAGAACGAUAUUAGGCACGGUUUGCUUAAAAGAUUAUUUUAUACAGUAAAGAUUAUUUUAGCGCAAUGAAAAGUGGCACUCCUGAACACUGUAGUGCUUACAAAAAUGUUGCUUACUGUUGCUACUUGUAAGUCGAUUUGAUAUAGGUUAUAUUACAGCCUGAGCUAGUGGAUGCUCCAAAUAUCGUAAAACUAAAAAAUAUAGAGUAGCGAAGUAGCGAAAUAGUUCGCUACAUUUUUUAAGCAGUAGCUGUAGUCAGUAGCGAACUACUUUUGUUCAAAAGUAGCAGUAGUUGUGGCUGACUACAUAUUUUUGAAGUAGCUGUAGUUAUAGCGAACUACAAAAAUUUUGUAGUCAACCCACUCUUGGACUAAUAGGUCCUUUUUCCUUGAUACAAUAAAAUUUAAGUCAUUACACACUUUUCUGUCCUGACAUUAAAUUUUUAUUGAUUCGCUUUUAUGUAUACAUUAACUAUAUUUACAUUGAUAAAGAAAAGCUAAAUGAAAAGGAGCCAUCAAAAGUUAGAAUGAAUGAACGUAUAAUGAAGUCACGAAAGUUUACCAAUCAUAUUUAAUAAUCUAUUUGUAAACAAUACUCAAUAGUGAUAUUCACCAUUAUAAAACUAGAAAUGCUUCCAAUCUUCACAAAAAGUAUAGAAGAACAAAUUAUGUCAAUCGUUCUCUUUUCUAAGGUGUUGAUAUUUGGAAUAAGCUUGACACUCGUUUAAAAUCAAUCAAUUCACUCAUUGUCUUCAAAAGCAAAUUGAAAAAAUCACUAUUUGUAACAGGUAGCUGUAUAUAAAAUAAAUAAUCACUCUCUAAAUAAUCACUCUCCUAUAUAAAAACAUUUUUAAAGUAUAUUUUUGGAAUAUGGGUAUUAGUUAUUUUGUACUUUUGUUGUUUUUUUAAUUUUCUUCUUCUAAACAUUUGACUGUAAAUAAUUUAAUUAAUCAUGCAAUUCUUUAUGAACUAGAGGUCUUAAUUCAAAAGCCUGUGCAGGUUUCUGGUAGACCUCUAGGCUUUACACUACUUAUUUUACAUAUUAAUUACUAUUCUUGUAAAUACUACUGGGCGAAAACUCAAUUAAAUAAACAAUUAAAUAAACAUAGGCUGUGGGCCGUUGUGUGAAAAAGUGCCCAGAAAAGCAAUUUCGUGGCAAACCACCUGGGGAAUAGAUUUUCUGUGGUUCAAUGCAUAGUACCAUAGAUGUUCAAUUACCACAAAAAGUUCCCAAGCGAAAAAACUUGCCCAAUACAGAGAAAAUGAGUGAUCAGUGAUUAUCCUCUAUUAUAUAAAUUGUAUUACAGCAAGAAAAUGUGAAAUUUUGUAUUCAAUUAGAACAAAAAUUACUUUCAUCACCAGAAAGCUUACAAAAACCUACAUAUAAGACAUUUAAACAGUUUUUUAUAUCUCAAAUUUUUUCGAGAGUGGCGUAGCCAGCUCGAUAAUUGGGGGGGGGACAUAUUCAUAUAUUCGUGUUCUGCAUUAUUAAUUUAUUUUGAAAUUGAUUGUUUUUAAGGUCUAUGGAUACGAAUAUAUGAAUAUGCCCCCCCCCCCACUUAUCGAGCUGGCUACGCCACUUAUACGCUGUCUAAACCGCGUUUUUGACUUAGCACCCAGUCCUUAUUGCGACAUUUUGCGGGUCCAAUUUUCACAUUUAAAACAGCAAUAACUCAAAGACUAUUUGAAGAAUAAAAAAACUGUUUAAAAGUCUUAUAUGCGGUUUUUUGUACGUUUUCUGAUGAUGCAAGUCAUUUUUAUCGUAAUUGAAUACAAAAUUUCCCAUUUUCACAAAAUUUCCCAGGAUAAUCAUUGAUCACCCAUUUUCUUGUAUUGGGCAAGUUUUUUGCUUGAGAACUUUUUUGGUAGUAAUGUACCUAUAUGCCUUUCAAAUAAACCACAAACCAAGUACUUCCCACAUGGUUGCCACGAAGCGAAAUAAUUUUGGCCAACGGCCCACGGCCUAAUAAGUGUGUAAUAUUUUUCAAUGAACAAUCAGUCUCUUUUGCUUGUUAAAUUGUGAAAAUUAUUUCAAGUUCUACUAUCAAAUUGUGAAAAUUACUUUAAGUUCUACUAUAUGAAAUAAUUUAAAUUUUGGUCAGUGCAAAAAGUACAGCUGAAGACUUUAUAGUAUAAUUAAGUUUCAGUAAAGCUAAUUUUGGAUUUUAAGCUCAUAACUGUAUUUUAGUUGUAGGGCGAUAUUUUUCAGUUAGACUUUCUACAAUUCAUCUUUUGGCACAUGGUAUUUAUCCGUGCUCAUCUUUAAAUAUUUUCCGAUAAACUUUCUGGAAUCUGUCUCUUUAUUGAGAAUCAUUUCGUACAAUGCUUUUGCCUCACGUAAGCCUUGCCAGUAGGGAAAACUCUGUGGAAACUGUCCUUCUAUAGGGAUCAAUGGCUUAGGUUCUGGGCAGCCCAGAUGGGAAUUAUCGGCAUUCUUACUAGAAGGUGGAGCAGUCGUUUGCGGGUCAUUUAGAUGUUCAUUUAAUGUGUCAUUCCAUUCGUACAAGCGAUCACAGACAUAGCACUCGUAGCCGGCGUACAUUCUAUGACCAAAAUUAUCUUUGUCCCAGUCCCCCAGUACACUCCAUCCUCUCCGUUUAAUCCCGGCCAACAAUGCCUUAUUAUAAAUUCCACCCGGUUUCUUGUGAACCAAAUGUGUGUUGUAAACGUCAUCUUCGUGAUUCAAAUCGUUCAAAAAGUGUGCCAGUUCUUUCGGUCCAGAAAAGUCUGACGCUAAUACGGCGGAACUCUCGUUCGGUAACCAAUCCAUCACCGAUGGAGAGCCAAGGUAAACAGGAACGCUUCCUACUUUGAGGGGACGAAACAGCUUCUCUGUCAUGUAACCAUCGCAUAUGGCGUUCUCAAAAGCAAUGAUGAAUUUGUAUUUUGAUAGAAAAGUGUGAAAAUCUAGGCUGUCAAAUUUAUGAAAGCCAUCGAUGUUUUCGGGCAUCUUUUUGUUAUUCAAACAUGGUCCGUAUGAGUCGACGUCUAUGUACUUCAUGAGUUCUUUAAUAUAACGAUCGCGAUCUGAUGGUGGGUUGCAAUCACGUUGGACGUACACAAGAGGAGCCAGGCCUUCUUCGUGUUGAUA